UUUUUCAUCCUAGGGAACGAGGAGAAGCAGAAGAAGAAGCGCAUGCCGUUUCUAUAGUAACUUAAUUUGCACUGUAAACGCUGUUUAGCCAAGAAGCUAACGGGGUUGUUCAUGAUUAUCGGGCUAUAUUUGGUCUGGCUAUUGCACAUAUAAGCAUGACUAAAUUACACUACAGAGUCCUGGUAAGAUAGAAACGUGAUCAUGUUUCAGUUUGUGAUGCUGGGAACCAGGAGGCGAGCUUCCUCCGGAGAAGUGAACCAUUAAAGACAUGUCUUCCCCAGAAUCAACGGUGGCGGUCCUGCCCAUAUGGGGCAUGGCGCUGCCUCUUCCCGCCGUGCUGAUGAUCGCUGUCGGCAUUUACGUCUUCGUCCUCGCGAUGGCGCUCUGGUUCCGCCAUUGUCUCAAGGACCGCUGUACAGGCAUGUGGAACGACUGCUGUCCGGACCUCUCCCCCUGUGAGCACUGCUUGGUGUGGGCAGAAUCCUGCGACUGUCGCCCGCCGUCUGUCCGCUCGUGCCUGGACAAUACCUGCCCUCCCCCCACCUGUGCCAAGUGGGACUGCACCUGCACAUGCCAGCCGCCCGAGUGCGAAUCCUGCAACUGCCUCUGCUUCGAGAUCAAGCUCCGCUAGCGUCAAACACCUAAAGGGUCCCCUCUGGGCCGAUGGACACGUGGUGCUGAUGAUCCACGGAUGGAGGGUGUCCGAGCGCACAGCGGUUGAAUGCUUUGUGAUAUACGGCACCAGGCUUUUGUCGGGACCACAGGGGCUGGUGUGUAUCUAGACGUUCCACUCUUUCCAGCUCGGUUGGUGCAUUUGUUUGAAAAGAACAGACUCUCAGACACCACCGGACUGACUUUCACACAGACAGUGUUGUGUUUUGACGCAACAAAGGCACAUGUAAAUAUAUGUUCACGUGAAUGUCUGUAUCCUUCUUUCAUACCACUGUGUGCGAGUGAUCUGCAUUUGUACUCUACACCUGUGCUGCCUUCCCACGAUUACAAUUUUUGUUACUGUGUCAAAUAUAAUCUUAAUAUUAGAUAUCACCGUUUGGUAUUUUACUUUUUUAUUAGAAAAUUAACUCUACAUGAUUUGAGUUCCUUAUUGCCUUUGCGCUAUUUGCUAUUCUUUUUUUUUUAAUCUUUGAUGUUCUUCAUAUCCAUUAGGUACAUAAUGCUUAUUUUAUAUAGAUUUUAGUACAGUUAUAAAGUCACUUGUUUAAUGUACUAUAUAUUGUUCUACUCUUAAGUAGAACAAUAUAUUGUUUACUCUCAUUCCUUGUGUGAGUGUUGGACAUUUGUAGCGCUGCAUAAUGCUCUGUUGCCAACACAACUUUUCCAAAACAAAGGAGGGAGAGAGACAGUGAGAGAGAGAGAGACAGAGAGAGGGACGGAGAAAGAGAGACAGAGAGAGAGAAAAAAUAUUGAUCAGAGGGUAGGCUUAGUGUUUGAAGGUGGGUAAUGCUUGACCAGUCGUAUGUGUUGUGUGACCCCGAGGGCUAAGUGGGAGAAAGAGAGAGAGCGAGAGAGCGAGAGAAGUCCAUGAUAGCCUGCUUGUAAUGUUGACAAAGGUCCGCCUGACAAAGAAAACCGGUCCCCCAAGAUAGCAGUAUAGUCUUUCACCUAUCUUAAUAUUCUAUUGUAGCAAUCUUCAUGAAUACUGUCUGUGCAAUGGUGCAAUCGCCAACGCUGCUGCAAGAGGAAACAUAUAACCGUAACACUGCUGUGUGGUGAUUUGAGCGUGUUUGAAAUGUUGCAAGAUAUAUAAAGGCCUCU